AUGGCGACCCCGCUUCCUGUACCACUCUCCCCCUCGCCACAACCACCACCACCACCACCACCACCACCACCACCCGCGACGCAAGGCUCCGUAGACGCUUCCACCACCACCACCGCAGACAAGACCAAACCCACUUCCACCUCGACGACGACGACGACGACCCAACAACACGAUCUCCUGCCACGGGAUGCGAGAUUGAUCGCGCUCCUCUUGGCCGCGAAUGGUGCAAGCGAUGCCGAACCAGCGGUGAUGAGAAUCUUGGUCGAAUUCGCUCAUCGUAAGUAAAGUAGUUUUCACCGGGGGCCCACCCCAAACCCCAAACCCCAAACCCCAACCAAGAACAAAGAAAGGAACGAAAGCUCACCCCCUGCCAGAUCUUGGGUUCCAAGGUUAUACGGCCGAUAUCCUUUCCGACGCUCUCGUUUACGCCGAACACGCUAGAGCUCAACCUUCGAACCCUUCGGGAGCGGUCAUCAAUCUGGUUCCUUCGAUCGAGGACGUCAGAUUGGCCGUCCAAGCCAAACAAGAAAGCAACAGUAUACCCAAAGAAGUAAAGUUCCCCCUCUCAGAAAAUCAAUUCGUUCAGAAGGGGAAAGUUUUGAUAUUUAAUCCCCCCCCCCCCCUUGCUAUUCUUUUUUUUUUUAACAGUUCCUGCUCGAUUUAGCAACUCAAAUCAAUUCGAACCCGUUACCACCCGUUCCGGAAGUUUAUGGAAUCAGGUUACCCCCUCAAGCUCAGAGGUUGACCGCCCCUAAUUUCUCGAUCGUACCUAGGUCGGAGAAGGGGGCCGUCGCUCCGCCGCAGGGUCGGUUAGAGACUUUUCUGAGAGGUGGGGAAGGGGUGGGAGGGAUACGGAUCGGUGGGAAUGCAGGUGCAGGUGCAGGGGCAGGUCGGGGUGCAGAGGAGGAGGAGGAGGAGGAGGAGGAGGAAGGGGAGGGGGAGGGAUUGUUUGGGAGUGAUGAUGACGAUGAUGGUGAUGAGGAGGAGGAGGAGGUACCGAUUCAGGGUCAGGGUCAGGCGCCGAAAGUGAAUGGAGAGCCAGAGGAAGAGGAGGACGACGGCGAUGACGAUGAUGAAGACGACGACGACGACGAGGAUGAAGAGAUGGAAGAGGUGGGCGAGUUUGAGAAUACGGUACAAGGGGGGACAACGGGGGAGGGGGAGGGGGACGACGAUGAGGAUGAGGAUGAGGAUGAUUAG